AGAUUAACAUCUUAAAAUAUCCUGGCACGUUUGAAAGAUGUGAAUUCAUCAUGGGAGAAGUUCUGUUGGGAGAAAGGAAUUGUUCCUGAAAAUGGGGCCUGUGCCGUUGGCAGAGACUGUGCUGGACCUCAGUCCACAGAAGGCUCUGAUGUCAUCGUUGAGGUUAGAGAAUCCUGUGGGAGGCCUAGUGACCUUUGAACCUUAACAGCCCUGCGCUGUGGUGGGCCCUGGGCAGUGCUGUGGGUUCUCUAAGUGGUCUGAGGCCUGCAGCCAUUGGGGAGUCUCAACUAGUUUUAUUUGUACUGAAUCAUUUCAACGGAUUUCCUGAGAGCCAAGAAGGGCCAACCUGUAGGGAAAAGGAGGAGCUGGACAUUAGGCAUCUUGUAAGGGACUCUUCUGGCUGGUAUUAUGAAACAGCGACAAAAGAGGAAACAUCUAGAAAAUGAGGAGGCCCAGGAAACUGCUGAGAAGAGAGAAGGAAUUUCGAAAUCACAAGAGGAUGCCCCUCAGCUUGGAUUAACUGAAGUGGCCAAAGACUGUGACAAAGGGGUAGAGGAGGUCUCCUUUGCUUCUGAAUACUUCUCCUGUGUUUCUUCUCCACGCAAGUUCAUCCAUGGAGGAAUCCGGAAAUUACAUCGAGACAGUCCCCAGCCUAGAUCACCCCUAGCCCAGGUUCAGGAACGAGGGGAGACUGCUUCCCCCUCACCACACGUAUCCUUCUCGCCCCCUUCAUCCUAUAAGACCUGUGUGCCCUCUCUGUAUGUAAACAAAGAGGAAAGGGGCCUGAAAAUAUACUACAUGCAGGUACAAGUGAGAAAGGGUGUGGCUGUCUCCUGGGAGACAGAGGAAACCUCAGAGUCACUAGAAAAGCAGCCGAGGAUGGAAGAGGUGAGCCUGCCUGAGGAUGUGAGGGUAGGUACUCCCCUCUCUGAUAUAUCCACCAGAAACCUUCUGUCUGACAGCGAGCCCAGCGGGGAGGAGAAAGAGCAUGAAGAAAGGGCAGGGUCAGACAGCCCACCAGGGUCGUCCGCAGUUGAGGAGAGACCCAGGGCCAAGACCCCUGAUUGGCUGGUGACCAUGGAGACUGGCUUCAGGUGCAUGGCCUGCUGCCGGGUCUUCUCCACCUUGGAGGUUCUCCAGGAGCACGUGCGGUUCGGGAUCAGACAGGGUUUCAGCUGCCGCGUCUUUCAUCUCACCAUGGCUCAGAUGACAGGCGGUGUGGAAUCAGAGAGCACCCAGGAGGAAGAGGAGGAGGAGGAAGAAGAGGAAGAAGAGGAGGAGGAGGAGGAGGGAAGGGAAGAAGAAGAGGAGAAGGAGGAGGAGCUGCUCACAGGGGAAGACCUUGGCAUGAAGAGGCCCUGGAGCCAAAGUCCAGGCUUUGUGUUUUAUUCUCCAAAGGACAGGAAGUGAGCAGGGGCUGGGUCUGCUGAGGGAACGGUACCUUCUCCUGCCAGUACUAUCUCUCCAAUCCAGGCCCACGUCUCAAUAAGGGAGACCUAGGGGCUGUAUCAGCUCAGGGCACUGUAGAAGGGGGGACAUCUGGGCCCCUUGCUUCUUGCCCAAGUGUUUAAUAAAGUCAUGAUUACGAGUGGGAAUUCAUCCUGAGCUUUUCAACUCCCACAGGAAGUUCUGAGAAGUUCCAAGGGCUAACAGAGCACUUUUCCUCUUUAAUUAAAAAAUAUCUUUUUCUGUUUUGGUUUUUACACAGCCACUGAGAUUCAUAGGCCAGAAGAUCCUGGAAGAUGGUGUGGCCUUCUCUUGGGAGAGGGAGAAGAUAGCACCAUCGAGAUAGUAGCGGACA